AUGGCUUCAUUGAUCAAGAAAGAUGUUCCUCACACAUGUGACACAGUUAAUAAUAUGGACUCGUAUCGCGUAUUAAGGGGCCAGGUGAAUGGUUUAGGAUAUUCCCCAGAUGCACGACUGAUGCCCUACUUGGAGCUAGCUGGAUUUGGGUCAGCAGCAUUGACCCAGACGUUCGAUUUGCGGUAUGAUUUAAUAUCCGCAUUGGUCGAGCGUUGGCGACCGGAGACCCACACUUUUCAUUUGUCGUGUGGGGAGUACACUGUCACUCUGGAGGAUGUUGCAUUGUACUUUCGGCUCCCAAUCGACAGGGAUGCCGUCACGGGCUAUUUAUCAGUUAAUGCCACUGAAGAAGAGUUGGUGUGCUCAACUCGAGCGUACAUUAUGCAUAUAAUAGGGGGUGUACUGAUGCCUAAUUCGAACAAUAACAAGGUUCAUCUCCAGUAUUUACCCCUGUUAGCUGAUUUGCGUAAUGUUAGCUCGUAUAGUUGGGGUUCCGCAGUUCUGGCUAUGUUGUAUCGUGAGUUUUUUCGGACGACAAAGCCUGAUGUCGUAGACAUGGACGGAUGCCUUGUAUUGUUGCAAUCAUGA